CUGUGAGCUGCGAGAUCCAGGGACAGAGUCUCAGCCUCGCCGCUGCUGCCGCCGCCCAGAGACUGCUGAGCCGCGUCCGUCCGCUGCCACCCACUCCGGACACAGAACAUCCAGUCAUGGAUAAAAAUGAGCUGGUGCAGAAGGCCAAGCUGGCCGAGCAGGCUGAGCGAUACGAUGACAUGGCAGCCUGCAUGAAGUCUGUAACCGAGCAAGGAGCUGAAUUAUCCAACGAGGAGAGGAAUCUUCUCUCAGUUGCUUAUAAAAAUGUUGUAGGAGCCCGUAGGUCAUCUUGGAGGGUCGUCUCAAGUAUUGAGCAAAAGACGGAAGGUGCUGAGAAAAAACAGCAGAUGGCUCGAGAGUACAGAGAGAAAAUUGAGACCGAGCUAAGAGAUAUCUGCAAUGAUGUACUGUCUCUUUUGGAAAAGUUCUUGAUCCCCAAUGCUUCACAAGCAGAGAGUAAAGUUUUCUACUUGAAAAUGAAAGGUGACUACUACCGUUACUUGGCUGAGGUUGCUGCUGGUGAUGAUAAAAAAGGGAUUGUGGAUCAGUCACAACAAGCAUACCAAGAAGCUUUUGAAAUCAGCAAAAAGGAAAUGCAGCCCACACAUCCUAUCAGAUUGGGUCUGGCCCUGAACUUCUCUGUGUUCUAUUACGAGAUUCUGAACUCGCCAGAGAAAGCCUGCUCUCUUGCAAAGACAGCUUUUGAUGAAGCCAUUGCUGAACUUGAUACAUUAAGUGAAGAGUCAUACAAAGACAGCACGCUAAUAAUGCAGUUACUGAGAGACAAUUUGACAUUGUGGACAUCGGAUACCCAAGGAGAUGAAGCUGAAGCAGGAGAAGGAGGGGAAAAUUAACCGGCCUUCCAAUUUUUGUCUGCCUCAUUCUAAAAUUUACACAGUAGACCAUUUGUCAUCCAUGCUGUCCCACAAAUAGUUUUUUGUUUACGAUUUAUGACAGGUUUAUGUUACUUCUAUUUGAAUUUCUAUAUUUCCCAUGUGGUUUUUAUGUUUAAUAUUAGGGGAGUAGAGCCAGUUAACAUUUAGGGCGUUAUCUGUUUUCAUCUUGAGGUGGCCAAUAUGGGGAUGUGGAAUUUUAUACAAGUUAUAAAUGUUUGGCGUAGUACUUUUGGUACAUUGUGGCUUCACAAGGGCCAGUGUUAAAACUGCUUCCAUGUCUAAGCAAAGAAAACUGCCUACAUAUUGGUUUGUCCUGGUGGGGAAUAAAAGGGAUAAUUGGUUCCGGUCACAGGCGUAAUUAUUGUGGGUACUUUAAGGUUUGGGAGCACUUAGAAGGCUGUGAUAGAAACAGACAUCCCGUGGAUACUGCAUGCUGAGCCAUGUGUAUCUGUGGAAUUCUCAAUGUCAAUGUGCACACCUUUAACUACAGCUGAGAAGUGUUCUUUUAGACAAAGUUGUGACCCAAUUUACUCUGGAUAAGUGCAGAAACGGUUCACAUUCCAUUAUUUGUAAAGUUACC